CUCCAGCAGAAACUGCAGAAUUCCAAAGUCGUAAACGGGGUCACGCACGCGUUUCUUCUCGGCAUCGGUCGUCUCAGUUACGCGGACCCGCCAGAAUGGUUGGACCCAGAGAACGUCAAACGUGUCACAGAUAUGCGUGAUCAAGCUCGCGACUUGUUCGAGCAAGUUAUUGAAGACCCACUGGAGGGUGACUCGGUCUGGGCUGCCUAUCAGGACGAUGGGGAGGAUUCGACAAGUGGAACAGAAUCCGAGCAGGAGCCAGAUGAGCCGGAACAGCCCGACAUACCUAUGGACGAAGACUAG